AUUACAUAUAAAGAGUGUAUGCAUUUUUUCUUUUACGUUUUAUUGAGUUUUGCAAGAUCCAGAUAAAACUCAGUACCCGGAAGUUAAUGCUUUAGAUUUUUUUCGCUCAUCUGGUUGAAGGUCAUCUUUAUGAUUAUGUUUUCGCAUAUCCUGUUUAAGCCAAGGUAAUGGUGAGAGGGGAUCUUUUACAAGAAAUCAGACACUUCAACAUAAGUUGGAAACUAAUACCUGCAGCUCACAAAGCUCCCACUUAAAGAAGAUGAGGAUAACAUAUUCCAAAUGAAGGCUUUGAUAAGAAAUCAAAAGAAUGGAGUCGGACAUUAGCGCUUUCCUCUGGUUCAUGUUUGCAGUAUCAUCAUGCAUUGCGACAGAAACAGACAUUGGGAUUUCCAACAAUGAAAAAGGACCUGAAGCUACUGCAGGAAAGGGUGAAGUCAACAUCAUUUUGAUGCUUGUUAUCAUAGCAUCUUACAUACCUACAGCAAUACGCUCUGAGGAACAUUACUAUUCAAAGCAAAAAGGACAUCACAGAAUUGCUUCUGAAGAAGAUCCAUUGCAAUACCCUUUGCAAACAAAUGAUGUUAAAGCAAUCAAGGCAAUGAAGUGGAUAAUGGGAGCUUCUCUCUACCUCACAAUCGCAGCUCUUUUAUGCUUAGGAACAGAAAUCGAUUUUGCAACUUCAAACAAUGAGAAAGGACAGGACGCUACUGUGGGAAAGGGUGACGUAAACAUCAUUUGUUUGAUUAUUAUCAUCGUAAAUUUCAUGCUCGUUGAGAUUUGUCACUAUUCAAAGCAAACACGAAAUCACAGAAACUAUUGUGAAGAAAUGCCAUUCCAACAAUCCUGGCAAAGACAUGAAGCUGAAGCUUCCGAAGUGAGCACUCAAGCAUCUUGGUGUGAUUCGACUGCAGACAUAAAAGAUAUUCCGAAUGCUUCCGAUGCCAGCACUCAAACAUCUUGGCGUGAUUCGACUGCAGACAGACGAGAUCGGUCAAAUGCUUUCGAUGUGAGCACUCAAACAUCUUGGAGUGUUUCGACUGCAGACAGAAAAGAUAUUUUGAAAGUUUUCACAGUGAGCACUCAAACGCCUUGGAAUGAUUCGGCUGCAGACAUAAAAGAUAUUCCAAACAUGAGCAUUCAAACAUCUUUGAGUAACUCGACUGCAGACAUAGAAUAUAUCCGGCAAGGGAUAGAGCUUCAGCACAAAGAUCAUCUACAAAAACUGACGAAGAGACUCAAAUUCACACUUGUGACAGGAAAUCAGUUUGCAAGUGAUUGCCCAUUGGAUGAGAAUUAGAUAGACUUAACG